AUGCGGUUGCUUUUCUCCAAAUCUGCAAGCCCUCAUCAUGGUUUUGCAGCAUAUUACUCUUUUAUUGGGAAAAUUUUCAAAGCUGUUGUUGUUCUUCAUUUUGGCACACACGGUUCCCUUGAAUUCAUGCCUGGAAAGCAGGUAGGAAUGAGUGAUGUAUGCUACCCCGACAGUCUUAUCGGGAAUAUUCCCAACAUCUAUUACUAUGCUGCGAACAAUCCUUCUGAAGCUACCAUAGCCAACCGCCGGAGCUAUGCAAAUACUAUUAGCUAUCUGACUCCUCCUGCAGAAAAUGCAGGACUGUACAAAGGCCUUAAGUAG